GCAAGACAGGAUCCUCCUGCUUUGCCCAAUUCAGGCGAGCACUGACGACAUGACGGAACGGUAGCGGGCCCGGCCAUGAGCACCACGACGAGCGAUGCACGGCAUGUCCCGCCAAGGCCGACGCUCGAGCCCGACGUCAACGAGCCCGGUGCCUCGACAGAGCAAGACAAGCCGGCAGACGACUCGCUGCACGCCUCCGACUUUGCCGGCUACUUCCUCGCAGGCGGGUGUGCAGGCAUAGCCUCCCGCACCGUCGUCGCACCGCUCGAACGUCUCAAACUCAUCUACCAGUGUCAGAGUCAGAGCGAGGUUGCGUACAACGGCCUGAUCGCUUCGUUGCGCAAGAUAUGGCGAGAGGAGGGCAUGAGAGGCAUGUUCAGAGGCAACUAUGCCAAUGUCCUACGCAUCGCUCCCUACAGUGCAACUCAGUUCCUGGCCUACGAACAGGCCAAGCGCGUCCUGUCCAACGAGCAGCACGAGCUGUCUACACCGCGAAAGCUACUCGCAGGAGCCAUCGCAGGCGUCGCCUCUGUCGUCACGACAUACCCGCUCGACCUCAUCCGAUGUCGCGUCAGUAUCGCCUCGGCAUCGAUCGGUAAAUCGACGGCAGAAGCAGCUUCCCUGUCCAUGUACCAAAUGGGUCGACACGUCGUUCGUACCGAGGGAGGUGUCAGAGCCCUCUACAAAGGCUGCAUCACCACCUCUGCCAGUGUCGCUCCCUACAUAGGCUGUCAAUUCUAUACGUACGAACUGUUUCGUGGCCAUUUCGAGCACGACGGCGAGCAUGCAAGCACGUUCAAUAAACUCUGCUGUGGCGCUCUAGCAGGCGGACUGUCCCAGACGCUGACCUAUCCGCUCGAUGUCGUCAGACGCGUCAUGCAAGUCUCUGGCAUGUCCAAAAUGGACUAUCACUAUAACUCUGCUCGAGAGGCUAUGGUCGACAUGGUUCGGCGCGAAGGCAUACGCUCGCUCUACAAGGGCCUGAGCAUCAAUCUACUCAAGGUAUCGCCAUCGAUAGCGACAUCGUUUGCAACCUACGAGUGGGUUCGUGAUCUGACAGGCGCCGAGCACGACAGCUAGCAAAGCAACCGGCACUAGACCUGUAGAGGACAAUCCCAGAAGCAAAAG